AAGAGAGUCGUCCAACGUAACAGUUUGAAUUGAAGAGCGUACACGCAGCAGAGGCAUGAAUUUACUCUCCGUGUACUAUUUGUAAUGAGCAAUCAGUUCAUAAGACCAAGUCGCUUAUUGUUUCUCAACUUUUCUCAUUAAGGUUUCUUUGCAUUCCAUACACCUUCCGAGAAGAAGGAAAGUUGUUCUUUCUCUCCACUCCUGUCUCGCUCGGGCCGAGAUGGAGUGAGCGAUAAGACAAGUAUUGACCCUUUCUGGCACGUAUGAACUCUUGAGGAGGAGGGCAAUUGAGCCGAACAAGUAGACUAAGAUGAUGCUAAGCUCGAGGGGAAAUAGCAAUGGGAGCAGUGCUGACAGCAUUGCCCAUCCUGCUGACGGCAACAAUAGUUUAGUGUCCAGACCACUCACCAAAUCUGACAAUAAUUUGGAUGCAGAGCCGCCAUGCAGAAAUGCCAGCGCGGCCGCCCUCGCCUCCGCGUCGGAUGGGAGGGAGACGUGGAACAAGAAGGUCGAGUUCCUCCUCGCCGUCAUCGGAUUUGCCGUCGACCUCGGCAACGUGUGGCGAUUCCCGUACAUAUGUUAUCAAAAUGGGGGAGGAGCCUUUUUAAUCCCGUACUGCAUAAUGUUGGUGUUUGGAGGUCUCCCCCUGUUUUACAUGGAGCUGGCGUUGGGACAGUAUUACAGAAGUGGAUGCAUUUCCGUAUGGCGUCACAUUUGCCCUGCUUUAAAGGGACUGGGCUAUGCAAUCUGCAUAAUUGACCUGUACGUGGGGAUGCAUUACAACACGAUAAUUGGUUGGGCAGUGUACUACCUGGUGGAGUCCUUUCAGCCCAUCUUGCCCUGGCUCAGUUGUGACAAUGAGUGGAACACGGAUAACUGCACGCUGAUUAAGGAUAUCGCCAAUCUCACGGAUUCUGAAGGAGCAACAAGUCCGGCGAGAGAGUUUUACGAACGAAAAGUUUUAGAAAUGCAUUUAUCUGAUGGGGUGGACAACCUUGGCACGAUGCGAUGGCCGCUCGUUCUGUCCGUUCUGGUCGUCUUCGUUCUUGUCUACUUCUCCCUCUGGAAAGGCGUUCGGAGCACUGGAAAGGCCGUGUGGAUUACUGCACUUGCUCCCUACUUUGUCCUGUUCAUUUUGCUGGGGCGAGGUGUCACUCUUCCGGGAGCAUCGGAUGGCAUCUACUACUACUUGACCCCACAAUGGGAGAAACUUAAAACACCAAAAGUUUGGAUUGAUGCAGCAACCCAAAUCUUUUUCUCACUCGGACCUGGAUUUGGCACACUGCUUGCUCUUUCCAGCUAUAACAAAUUUCAUAACAAUUGCUACAGAGAUGCUAUAAUCACCAGCUCUAUCAAUUGUCUGACAAGCUUCCUCGCUGGAUUCGUAAUCUUUUCUGUCUUGGGCUACAUGGCCAAAGUGCAGAAUAAGAGUAUCGACAAGGUUGGCCUAGAAGGCCCUGGCUUGGUGUUCAUCGUAUACCCGGAAGCAAUUGCAACAAUGCCGGGCUCUAAUUUUUGGUCCAUUAUCUUCUUCCUCAUGUUGAUUACAUUGGGAUUAGAUAGCACAUUUGGAGGAUUGGAAGCCAUCAUUACAGCGUUUUGCGACGAAUAUCCCACUCUCUUGUCCCGAAAUCGUGAAGUAUUUGUUGGGCUACUGCUCGUCGUCGUAUUCCUCCUCUCGUUACCAACCUGCACACAAGGUGGAAUGUAUCUCGUCAACUUUUUGAACAUUUACGGACCCGGAAUUUCAAUUCUGUUUGUCGUGUUUGUCGAAGCUGUGGCUGUCUGUUGGUUGUACGGAGUGGACAGAUUUUCGUCGGAUGUUGAAAAAAUGAUUGGUCAUAGACCCAACCUUUUCUGGAGGACGUGUUGGAACUACAUUACACCGUGGUUCAUACUGUUUAUUUUCGUCUUCUCCAUCAUUACGUAUGAAGAUUUGAGGACGGAGGAUUACAUAUAUCCGAAAUGGUCCAUACAUAUUGGAUGGAUGAUGACAAUGUCAUCUCUCAUGUGUAUUCCGCUGUACAUGGUCUACAUGUUCAUCAAAACACCAGGAUCUUGGCAGGAGAGAAUUGCAAAAAUGAUCAAACCGGUGGACCCUGCCGACAUGAUUGUAUACUCUACAACACCCAAUUAUGGAACGUCGGUGUAAAUGGUGUGGGAUUCUUGGCUCCCUGUUUUACUAAUCUGGCACAAUAGGAACAGGUUGCAAGAUCAUCGAGUGGUCACACCCAGUCACCUAUUAAAUACGUAACCAGGUCUGGAUAUGCAAACCACAAUUUGGAUUCUGUUAACAAUUGUGUGAUACUGUUACGAGUUUCAUACAGACGCUGGCAUGUCUCUAAUGCUUUCUUGCCAAUCUGUCAUGUGGCAAUAAUUGUGAAAUUACAAUAAAUUGUAUAAAGUUUAUUGUCUAA